AUGGCUUUCGCCUCCAAGAAACGCAAGUCUGCAGCCGUCAUCGACGAUAGUGACGUCGAUGCCGAGGUGUCCACGAAGCGAGGCAAAGGCGCAUCGGGAACUGCAUUUCAACCCUCCGCCAAAGCACAAACAGACUCAGAUGGCAGCCAUUACUGGGAGCUUUCCAAGAACAGACGUGUCACUAUAUCCGACUUCAAGGGUAAAGCCCUGGUCAACAUCCGAGAAUACUACCAGAAAGACGAUGAAUGGCUUCCAGGCAAGAAGGGCAUCUCUUUAACAAUCGAACAAUACUCCGUGCUCAUCGGUGUCAUGCCUCGACUAGAAGACCUACUCGAGCGCAAGGGAGAGAAGGUACCACGACCAGAUUACAGUGGAGACGGUCCAGCCGAUGACGGUGAAGCCGUCAAGGAGGAAGACGAGGAAGACACCAAGAAAGCCAACAUAGAGGCUACGAGUGACGAGGAGGAGUAG